UUUUGAUGUUUCAAUUUCCCUACUGCAGGCGACUUUCGAGUUUUUUUUGGGUGAUUUCGAUCGUCAUAAUCGUAAUCCAUAAGAUCUUCUUCAAAGUGAUAGGUACUGCUCUCAUUAUUACUUAGACAUGUUUAAAAGUGCUGGUCUUGCUUGAUGCGUUAUCAGUCAGCACACGGCUCGCUUUUAUCCUGAUUUUCAUCUUUCAUGUCACGACAACCACAACCUGUACUAGUAGUUACAAUUCGUUUAACGACAACAUCGUAAUUUUUCUUUUCAAAUUGACGACCGCCUGAUCAUCUUCUUUCCCAGCCCAAAGCCAUGAUCAACGACGAAACGAAUUGGCACAUUCUCAACCAGGGGUUCUGCAGUUUCAAGGUGAAACUGAAGCAGCCGCCAGACACCUUUUGCCGCAACGAAUACAAUGUCACCGGGUUGUGCAACCGGGUCAGCUGCCCCCUGGCGAAUUCAGAGUAUUUUAUUUGAUUCGCGGGGUGUAUAAUUGUAAGGGAAAAUCUUCCCUCCCCAUAUCGAACUGGAAAUCUGUGAUGCGGGAUUUGUGUACACAAGUCGACUUGUAUUGCUAGAAGGCCAAGAGAAGCAGUUGUGGCCUGAAUUGCAGGACAUUUGUCAUGCUGUUUCCCAAUCAUGCCAGUUGCCUCCUGUCGUGCUGAGGUUGCAAGGCCUUCCCACGCCAGCCAGCAAAAAUCAUCACAACAGGUAUGCCACGGUGAUCGAGAAGGAGGGUCUUUGUUUAUGAAAUGCAAAAGCAUCGUACUAGUAUAAAUCGCAUGACAAAUCUCCUCAGCAUGAGAAAUAGAAUUUGUAAUGCGGAUUUACAUUGAGAAAGAAAUCUGUAAUGCAUGACUGCGAUUACUACGAGUACGAUACUUUUGCACAGGAUAUUGUUACCUGUACAUCAAAACCGUGGAGCGAGCACACAUAUGGAUUGUAAAAAUGUCUGGCUCUGGAAGGUUGGAACUUGUCAUGCUAAAUCUGAAUCAUGCAAAAAACUGCGUUGCAUGAUUUGCAACUGCUGUCCACUUUUGACCAAGUUGAGAGGCACUUUCUCAUGCAGGAUAGGCAUGAUAGUGAUCUCACCGAAUCUGUCAUGCUAGGUCCUCCAUUACAGAUUAUAUGGGUCAUGGCAAACCUGCAUGACAAGUUCCAGACCCAGACACUUUUACACUUGAUAACACACGCCGAAGAAGAUGUGGGAGAAGAUAGAGCUAUCAUUUGUAAAAACGUCCCCACCCCAGAGUUGUCAUGCUAAUCUGCAUGCUGAAAAGAUUUCUCAUGCAGAGCCCCAUGAGAGGCAUUUGCCAGUCGUGUUUUGGAAUUUGCCAUGCUUCAUUCGGCAUGGUAUGCUAGAUCUGUGAUGCUGCUGCACUAGCAAAACAGGACUAUACUACGAGGCCAAACUUGUUAUGCAUACUUCCCAAAACUUGGAAAUUUGUGUUGCACAUUUACCAACUUGACUAUGGGGUGGGGACGUUUUUCCGCAGGAUAAGAGCUGUCCAAAAAUUUCAUGCAGGCUUUGGCGCAAAUAGACGAACAGCUGCUGCACUGGGCGGAUCACAAGGUAGAAAAAAGAAUUUAUAGGUUCUUCGUGUAAAAAAGCACUGCACGACGACAAGCACCAGCAUCUUUGGUGCGCGUUGUUAUUUCCCAAUAUCAUUGUUCACCACCUGGACCUGCAUGACCACAACUUGCCCGCGGCGAGAAGAUUGAAAAGAACUUUUCAUUUCCAGAUCUUGUUACACCAACUAGAAGCAUUAAUGCAUUUUUAAUUCAGAUCAAAACUUUACACCAAAAGCAAAACCAAAACCACAACAACAGAAAAACCGGUGUAAGCAGCGGCUGACGAAGCUGCGACAGGUUUUGCUGCGACAAAGGAAAGCUGCGUUGGAGCCGAAAAUGACCACCAUGGUUGGGAUCAAACAGAAGACCGAGAAGCGCGAGGCGGUCCGGGAGGAAAAAGCGGAGAAGGCGGCAAAGGUUGAGAUGUCGAUCGAAAAAGAGCUGUUGGAGCGUCUGAAACUCGGGACCUACGGUGAUUUGUACCAAACAAAGAAGCAGAAAGAGAAAAGCUCCGCAUCAAAUAAAGCGGGAGAGAAGGAGCUGAACAGCGAUAUCCUGCGUAAAAACGUCGUCCCCACGCCGACCCCAGGGCUUAAGAUGAAAAUUCUGCAACACAGAUCGAUGCACAAGUUUUAGUGGGAGUCACGCAUGACAAGUUUGCUUUCUCUGGACUGUAAUGCGGCUGAGCUGCAAGGACAGCCGCAUCACAAAGCCAUGGUCCUGGCAUAAGUAUCCUGUUUGCACCAUCUUCACAAACUCCAUAACACAGUCGAAAAUACCCCUCCUGGGCGGGACGCGCAUUACAAGUUCUUUUCCUGUGAUUGCAAAUGAUCUGCAUGACUAGUACAACUCUGGGGCGGUGCAGCUGGGGACGUUUUUACUCAGGAUAAGCGAGGAAGAACAGUCAAACGAGAUGGAGCUCGAGUACGAGGACAGUGAGGGGGAGAGGCUGAUGGAACUGGAAGACGGGGACGAGGAAGUAGAUGAGCGGGAUUUUAUUACAAUGAAAAAUGCCCCCACCCCCGAACUUGGGAGCAUUUGUAUUGCAAACCUUUCCAAAUGAAACAUUCUCCCUCUUGCAUCUAUCAGCAUCACAGGUUUUCAAUCGUGAAUAGCAAAAAAAUUUGUAUUGCAAAAGACCCCAGCAUAAGCGGCGCUUGUCAUGCAAGCGAUGCGAUACUCGCCAACAUUCUGCAUCAGAAAGAUUCAUACUCCUUUCAUGCAUGACAAAAAGUUUUCAUUUGGAAACUUCGCAUCACAAAUUUUUGUAAUUUUGGGGUGGGGGGCACUUUUCACUGUAAUAGAUUUAGCCUACAUCGCAGAUCUGAACGACAGCGACGACGACGGAAUACCCGAUGAAGAUUUAUCGGAUUUGUCCUCUGAUGAAGAGGAUGAACAAGCUGCUGGUGAGACGAGAAACAAAAACUCAGACGACGACAUGUCUGACGACGACGAGGCCUCCUCCAAUUCCCCCGACGCGAAGGUCCAAAGGAGAGAAGACGCUUCCGUCGGUAGCUCCUCGCGGAGAAGUACGGAUGUGGGCGAUAUCGAGGACCUGAUGGGCAGCGGGGGCCGAGGGGGAAGUAGUAGUAGUGCAGCGGAGCGAUUACGCAAGAAGAACCUGAAGAAGAAAAAGAAGAAAAAUGAUGUGGCGGGGGGUCGUGAAAAGGAACAACAGCAGCCGGAAAUCGAGUACGAAAUGGAGGACGAGGAAAAUGUGUCGCAAGUUGUCCGGCAAAAAGCGCUCGUCAGGAGGAGAUGAUGAGAAGGAUGCUCUUUACAAGAACUUUGUGAUGAAAUUACAACACAAUAAAUGUGACGAGCAGGACCACGUCGACACUGCGAUUAUGGUCGAGAGGACCUCCACGCUAUCACGAGGAACAUCAGGAAACGAUACCCUUAAGCUGCACUUCCUAGCGCAAGAAUUGAUGUCGCAAACAACGCAUAUUGCAAAACGAAAGCAUAGGACUUACC